UCGUGCGCAGGCGCGGAGCCGUUGCCGGCAGAGAGGUUGCAGGCACAGCGGUUUCCAGAGCAGCUUCGACUGGAGAGACUGGGCUGUGCAGGUUCCGAGGCCGACCGGGCGGCUCGGCCAAGCCCGAAGCCCCGGCGUCCGCCUCCUGCGGCGUCCUCGAAUCCGUCGCCAUGAACCCCGCCGUCGUCGUGGUCCACGGUGGCGGAGCCAGCAAUAUCUCCAAGGACCGCAAGGAGCGGGUGCGCCAGGGCAUCGUCAAAGCCGCCACCGUGGGUUACAACAUCCUCAAGGAGGGAGGGAGCGCAGUUGACGCUGUGGAAGGAGCCGUGACCGUCCUGGAAGAUGAUCCCGAGUUCAACGCAGGUUGUGGAUCUGUCUUGAACGAAAAUGGUGAAGUUGAAAUGGAUGCAAGUAUCAUGAAUGGGAAAGAUCUGUCUGCAGGAGCGGUGUCUGCAGUCCGCUGUGUCGCAAAUCCCAUUAAAAUUGCGCGGCUUGUUAUGGAAAAGACACCUCAUUGCUUUCUGACUGACCAAGGUGCAGCAAAAUUUGCAGCAGCCAAUGGGAUUCCAACAAUUCCUGGAGAACAGCUGGUAACAGAAAGAAACAAAAAACGUCUAGAAAACGAAAAGCAUGAGAAAGGUGCUCAGAAAUCAGACUAUCAAAAAAACUUGGGGACUGUGGGUGCCGUUGCCGUGGACUGCCGAGGAAAUGUGGCUUACGCGACCUCGACGGGGGGCAUCGUCAACAAGAUGCAGGGCCGCGUCGGGGACACGCCGUGUAUAGGAUCUGGAGGUUAUGCUGACAAUGAUAUUGGAGCCAUUUCAACAACAGGGCAUGGAGAGAGCAUCCUGAAGGUGAAUCUGGCCAGACUCACUCUCUUCCACAUGGAACAGGGAAAGACGUUAGAGGAGGCCGCUGACGCGUCGUUGGGUUAUAUGAAGUCAAAGGUCAAAGGUGUAGGUGGUGUCAUCUUGGUCAACAAAGCAGGAGACUGGGCGGUGAAGUGGACCUCCACAUCCAUGCCCUGGGGGGCCGCAAAGGACGGCAAGCUGUACUCUGGAAUUGAUCUUGGCGACACCAGCAUCACUGACCUGCCCUAAGCCCCCGGAAGCUGUAUUCUAGAAGCUAAGACUUAGCUUAAUCAAUUAGAUCUAGAAAUGGAAAA